AUGAGAGAAGAGGUAGAACAGGAGAAGUUGAUUAGAAAGAGGAAGAGGGAAGAGAAAGAAGAUGCACCUUAUGAACCUUCUCCGGAGCACGUUUCAGCGUCACAAUCUACUCCGAGAGAUCUCUUUGGCACAUCUCCACUCACCCAAGUACAACCUGGUUCUUCGAGUAGAGGUCUUCCGAUACCGCAAGAUAAUCUGCUAGACGUUUGUUUCGACUUUGCAAACAAUUCACAAGUGUUGAAAUUGGAAAAGAGAAUUGAGGAUGUGAUAGCAGAGAAUAAAAAGUUGGUGGCUGAAAGCAAAAAGAUUGCUGAUAGAGAAAAGACUCUUGCUGGUAGAGUGCAGAGGUUGGAAGGUGAAAACAAAGUGUUGACACUGAAAAUUGAAGUUGAUCAGACGGAAAUCGACGUUUUGAAAGUUCGAGUGUCUGAAUUAGAAGAAGAGAAGAAUCAUCGAGAAAGUGAAAAUGAAUACUAUAAGUUGAAGAAUAAAGAACUUAUGGCUGCUAAAGCGCUACAUGAACAUAAGUUCUACAUGCUGAAUAGAGUUGUGGAAAGCAUGUUAGAGACAUCAGUGGAACAGAAAUAUGAAGAGUUGAAGCUAGAAGACCUUCGUGCAGAACGUCAAGCAGAAUUAGAAAGGCAAAUGAAAGAUAAGGGUAAAGGGGUGGAAGGAAGUUCUGAAAUGUCUAUUGUACCUUCGAUGGUGAUAGAUAAUCCUGAGCCUAUAUCUGCAGUUCCUGGCUUAGUCGAAGGAGAAAUUCCAUCGCCUAAAUUAAUUGGUGGCGAAGAUGAAGAGGAUGAUGAAGAUGAUGAUGAGGAUGAGUUUGUAUAUUCUGCUAGCAGUCACAGUUCUAAAGGUGAUGAUGAUGAUGACGCUGCAGGAGGUUCAGGUGUUAGAGUGACUGAAGCCUCAAAUGAAAAAGUCGUUGAAGAUCUGUUGAACGACACAAUCAAUGAAGAAAGUGGUGAAGCUGAAGGUAAGGGGGAGUCGAGUAAGACACAGAUUGUAGAGCAUCAUGAGCCGUUGUUCAUGCGUCUAGAGGAAUAUAAAGAAAUGCUUAAAAAUGUAAACCCUGAAAUUCCCUUCGACUUCGAAGAGGACUUAGAAUCGUUUGAUAUCAAUAAACAGCAAGAUUAUAAGUAUGAUUAUGUUAAAGAUGCUGAUAUCUACGAUAAAGUUGAGGUUGAAGAAGGUUCGGAUAAUGAAGAGGUUCCUGAAGUUACUUCGAAACUUCCAACAUUAAUGGAGUUCUUUGCUGCUGAGAAUAGAGAUGAAUUACGUCAGAAAGUGACUGAAGCGGUGAAUGAUAAUGUAUUUGAAUGUUUGAGGAAAGAAGCUGAGCAGGAAGGCCAAUCUAAUGUUGAUAAAGAAGGUCAAUCGAAUGUUGAAGAAAUUGAUCGUUCUAAAUGGUUUAAAGAUUCUCAUGAAAGAAAGUUCAAGAGGCCGCUGAAGUACUUCCAACGAGAUCGAAAUGUUUCGCUUGGCGAUAUUAUUAGUUGGGGUUUUCUUCCGCAAGUUAACGCUUAUGCUAUUCGAAGAGAAUAUGGCGUCCAGUAUUUUGCACGUUUAUAUGACAUAAUGUCAUUACCGUGGUGGGACGUUGAUGAAUUAGCAAAGGUGAGAGUCUUGGGAGUACAAGGUGAGAAAGAAUGA